AUGGAAUUGCAUGUCAAGCUUCACAAAGAAGAGAGUGACUUACUUGCUAAUCCCAAUUUAUACCGAAAGUUGGUAGGUAGCCUUGUCUAUCUCACCCUUACUAGACUGGACAUUUCCGUUGCAGUACAGCGAGCACUUCUCCUCGUCUUACUGCUUAUAACGACACCGAUUGGGCCGGUUGUGCGGAUACAUGUCGUUCCAUCAUUGGUUGGUGUGUUCUUAGGUGAUGCAUUGAUCUCCUGGAAGAGUAAGAAGCAAGAUAGAGUCUCUAAGUCAUCUACCGAAUCUGAGUAUCGGGCGAUGUCUCUUGCUCGUUCUGAAAUUAUUUAG